UUUGCUGCAGUUUUCUAAAGUCAUGGUGAUAUACACUAGCCUUGUGAAAAAGCCAGAUGACAUGACAUCCUGUGAGGCGUCCAUUACAAAUUUCAUACUGGACCUCGAUGUGGACCCCAAGGAGACUAACAAAGUAACCCCAGAAGAAACAGGCAGCUAUUUGUUGUCCAAGAGCCUCCCAGAACACUGUCUGUACACCAAGUUGAGCUCUCUGCAGAAACUCAAAGGCAGCUUUCCUUUAUGGUGUGCCUUCACGGCAAGUUCAACUCCAUGGAUGACCUGGUGGAGUUGGGAAGCCCCUCAUUGCCAAGUUAGACAUUCACCGCAUGGUCAGAAGAAACAGCUGCCUUCGAACCUGUCACAUACCACAUAGCUCUUCCCAUAGCCCCGCCCAUAGCACCUCCCACAGCCCGGGGGUGGAGAACCACUG